UGCGGCUAGCUUGACAGCAUCCCUAGCUGCUCGGGAGGACAGGGAGAAAUGGCUGAUGCUAUAGCUGAUACGAGAAGGCUGUACACUAAGCCCCAGAACUUAAAUGACGCGUAUGGACCCCCGAGUAAUUUUCUUGAGAUUGACGUGAGCAAUCCAGAGACUGUCGGGGUUGGCAGAGGCAGAUAUACAACGUACGAAGUCAGACUGAAGACCAACCUACCCAUCUUCAAACUAAAGGAGUCCUCUGUACGGAGGCGGUACAGUGACUUUGAGUGGCUCAGAGCGGAGCUGGAGAGAGAAAGCAAGGUGGUCGUACCACCUCUCCCAGGAAAAGCUCUUUUCAGGCAGCUUCCAUUCAGAGGAGAUGAUGGCAUAUUUGAUGACUCCUUCAUCGAGGAGCGGAGGCAGGGUCUGGAGCAGUUUCUCAACAAAGUGGCUGGACACCCUCUAGCUCAGAACGAACGCUGCCUACACAUGUUUCUACAGGAGGAGAUUGUGGACAAGAACUACACCCCAUCCAAAAUCAGACAAGCCUAAAAAAAAAAAAUAAACACAAAAUAAAUGGCUCUGCUUGCCCUGGUCUGGCUUAGCCAUUCUGAGUCCAGCUUGGCCCGACAACCCAAAGCUUUCUUCACUGCUUCAAAUUUGAGCGACCUUUACUUCCUUCUUGCAUUGUCUCAUAUAUUAUUUCUUGGCUAUUUAAUUUUAAUCGCUAAUCACUCUUAUUGAUGUUUGAAGUUCUGAUUGGAGUCAAGAAUCUUGUACACACACUUGUGGUCUAAAGUGAUUUAUACAUAUUUUCUUUUUGUCUAAAAAUUCCACUAACAAAAAUAUAUUAUAUAUUUAUCGUUUAGCCAUGUUCUAUAUAUCCCUUUGUAUGUUACUUUUGAAUAAAACCUCUCUGUAUGCCAUGCUUGUGUAAUGUCCCACACCAUUCUGCAUCACUGACUGGCACAUUGCUCUCCAUAACCAGCACCCGAACACACAUUAGACGGACCUCGACUUUUAAGCCACAUUUGGUUGUUGUCUUAAAAAGGAUGCAUGUGUGUGUCUGUUCGCAUCGUGUCCACCAGCACCUACCCGACGAUCACCAUGUUUUCUAGCAUGCGGUUUUACACAGAGGGAACUGCAGUAUUUCUACUGGCAAUAUGCAUUUUGAGAUUUGUAUACUGCUGUGCCAUUUCUUUUGUUUAUUUUCAAAAGUUUUCCAAUAAAAAAAGGUGAAAUGCC